ACAGGUAGUCACGUACCUUCGUCGUCUUCGUCGUCCUCCUCUGCUCCUCCUCCUCUUCUCAAUCUUCCAAGUUGUCCUCAACGACUCUCGAUCGACUCGACUCCUUAUAAUCGCACCACCUUCAUCGCUGAUCCCAUAAUAAUCGAUCAGUGUUCGUGUUCCCUCUGCUAGAUAUGGGUUGCGGCGGCUCCAAAAAGCAGGACGUCGCCGCCGGGAACACCAUCACUGGCCGCGCGCUCCGUGGAUCGUCCAACGCUGCUGCUGUGGCUGUGGACGGCACCGAGAAAGCCCCGGACUCGUCCUCCGAGGAGUACUUCUCGUCGAGGCGCGAGGCGGAGGGCCUUGACGCCGUGGUGGCGGCAGACGACCUAUAUCUCGGUGAGCACGCCGCCGCCGCAGCCGCCGCCGUCUCGAAUAAGGAAGGUUUGACCUUGGAUAUGCCGGAGAAGGAGGAGGAGGAGGAGGAGAUCGCCGGCAACAACGAAGAUGAUGGGAAAUCAAUCGGGAACCUUUCUGUUGACUUCAAAGAGGCAAUUUCAAUGGAUGAGAAAGAAGCAGAGGCGAAUUCAGAAGAAAACAAAACAGAAUCUGUGUAAUCUUGAAAAUUUCCUAAAAUAUACCAAUUAUGUGAA